CCUUGCGCGUCUACUCCUUUUUCCUGUCCAAAGUUUCAUCGUUGAGAUAGAUCGUCUUCAGCUGGUAUCCUUCUUAGUCCUUAAUUGGCAAGGAGGAUGUUGUUCCUGGCCGAAUUCCCUGUCCUGAGACCCAGCGUUAAGCCUCGCAGUGCGGAACAGCAAGUGCUUCGCCUCUCUCAUUUGAAUUUCCACCCACCAAGAGUUGCAUGCUAUUGUUGACCGAAUCUCUGGGGGCACAAAAGGGCCAAAAUGAUAUAAAGACCUGCUUAGAUAUCCCAUCUCGAGAUCAGAGGUGUUUUGAUUAAGCAUUCGCUUCCAAUCAUCCCAACCAACCAAGCUCUUCUCUUCCCAUAACAAUGACUCAAAACUCUCUGCCUUCUGCAACCUGUGUCAUCUAUGUCAUUCUCAUAGUACCCAUCACAUUUUGUCUCUUCAAGCAUGGCCGACAUGGAAUUCUAGGAUGGUUGACCAUUCAAUUAUUCUGUGGAUUACGGAUAGUAGGAAGCCUCAUCGAGAUCCACCAAAACAAUACACACUCGACGGACACAACCACGACUCUAAUUCUUAACAAUAUCGGACUAUCUCCAUUACUCCUUGCGGCUCUCGGUGUCCUUCACGAGGCACGAACAGCUCGCAAUCCGAAACUCAACACGAGGCUUGAGUGGAUCAAGGUUCUCAGUUUCCACAGCGUUGUUGUCGGAGGAAUGGUAUUCAUCAUUAUCGGAAUCAUCCACGAAAUCGACAACAAGACGACCACGCCCCCAACGUUAUCGAAACUCGGUAUCGUGAUCCUGUUGCUAGCUUGGUGCGUUCUGGCUGCCUGGGUGGGCAUAUCGCUACGCAAAACGGAUCAAUCCUAUGAAAUGAUUCCAUUAACGACUCCCCACACCAGAGAACCUGUCUAUGGCGUCCCUCCGGCUUAUGCUGAAGCUACUACGCUACUAUAUGGAGUUGCUAUCAUCCUACCAUUCAUCGGAAUUCGCGACAUCUAUGCUGCCCUCAACAUCUUCCUCACAUCGACUACCUUCAAGAACAGCCUCGUGGCAAAGGUCAUAUUGAGCGUUGUGCCUGAGGCGAUUAUGACAACUGUUCUUGCCGGGGCUGGCAUCAUGACACGACACAUGUCAAAACUGAGAAAGGUCGGGAAGGUUUGAGUGCUUGGGGAGGAGCGUGGGAGAUCAAGACACGGACCACGUCCGCUUCUUGUACGAGAAAUGUGUCUCUUUGCUGCUGCGGUGCUUUGCGAACAAUCUUUUGCUGCGUU